UCCACGUAUUUAGUCACCAAAUUUCUUUAUUUCUUUAUUCCCAAAAAUUAGCAACUACCAACCGCUGCAAAUAAAGAAAUUCAAUCAAGUUCACCGGCGCGUGGGCGAUUUAAUCAACUCACCCUUCAUCAGCCGGCGCGUGGGUAUCCCGCACACUGUUCUUUUUUUUUUUUUUUAAUUCGAAUUUUAAUGCCGUAAUUAGAGUGUGUUGAAAUAAUUUAAUUUAUUGAAGAAAUAAUUUGUUUGUGAUUUUGUUUGUUAUUUAAUGCCUCUGUCUAUCUGUAAACCGCGUCUGAUUUGAAUAUAUUUUUCAGUGUGUAUUAAAAUCGAUACCGCGUUUAUAUAUAUACGUGUAUGUAUGUAUGUAUAUAUCGCCAUCCAGACAUUAGCUGUCUGCUGCAACCAUUUCUCUCUCUACCAAUCUCUCUCUCUUCUUCUUCUUCUUCCCCAAAAUGAGUUUCCAUUAUUAGCUCGAAACCUCCACAUAUAUAGCAUCAAAGUCCAAAGAUCAACUCAACACUGACACUCAAAUUACAUACAUUCAGAUUCAGAUUCAUUCAUAUAUAUAUAGCGAGAGACAGAAACAGAGAAAGAAAGAGAGAGAGAGAGAGAGAGUCCAAUUGUUAUGAUUCUUCUUCCGAAAUUAAUCGCCGCGGCGGCCGGGAUCCUCAUUCUCCUCCUCCUCCGGGCGCCGGAGUGCGGCGCCAUCCGCGCCUUCCCCGACGGCGUCGGCGGAUUCGCCGAGGCGCCGGAGUACCGCAACGGCGAGGGCUGCGCCGCGGCGGCGGCGCCGUCGGCGUCGUGCGAUCCCUCGCUGGUGCACGUGGCGAUGACGCUGGACUCGGAGUACCUCCGCGGCACGGUGGCGGCGGUGCACUCGGUCCUCCGCCACGCGUCGUGCCCGGAGCGCGUCUCCCUGCACUUCGUCGCGGCGGAGUUCGAUCCGGCGACGCCGCGCGACCUCACGCGCCUGGUGCGCGCCAUCUUCCCCUCCCUCCGCUUCAAGGUGUACAUCUUCCGCGAGGACGCCGUGAUAAACCUCAUCUCCUCCUCCGUCCGCGCCGCCCUCGAGAACCCGCUCAACUACGCCCGCAGCUAUCUGGGGGAAUUGCUCGACCCGUGCGUGAAGCGGGUCAUUUAUCUGGAUUCGGAUCUGGUCCUCGUCGACGACGUGGCGAAGCUCUGGGAGAUCGAGUUAACCGGAAAUCGGGUCAUCGGGGCUCCGGAAUACUGCCACGCGAAUUUCACCAAGUACUUCACGGACGGGUUCUGGUCCGACCCGGUCCUGAGCCGGGCGUUCGGGUCGGGUAAAAAACCGUGCUAUUUCAACACGGGGGUGAUGGUGAUGGAUUUGGAGCGGUGGAGGGAGGGGCAUUUUCGGAAUAAAAUCGAGAAUUGGAUGGAACUGCAGCGGAGGAAACGGAUAUACGAGCUGGGGUCGCUGCCCCCUUUUUUGCUGGUGUUUGGUGGUGACGUGGAGCCCAUCGAUCAUAGGUGGAAUCAGCAUGGGUUGGGGGGCGACAACGUGGCGGGAUCGUGUAGGGCGCUGCAUCCUGGUCCAGUGAGCCUGCUGCACUGGAGCGGGAAGGGGAAGCCGUGGGUGCGGCUCGACGAGAGGAGGCCGUGCCCGUUGGAUCAUCUCUGGGCGCCCUACGAUUUGUACACGUGGCGGGGGAAGGUACAACGCGGCCAGCGCGAGGAACAACGAUUGGGAUUCGUGGGGUAUUCGAGCUAUUUCUUUUGAUUAUAGUUUUUUUUUUUUUGUUGGAGUAGUGAUUCUUUGAUUAGAUCCGCUUGUUGUACAGACGAUGGAUUCAGAUUUUUUGAUUUUUGUUAGUAAUUUUUUUUUGUUUUUUUAAUUGAAGAAAAGAUGGGGAAAUUGUGGGAUGGGGUUUCCUUGGAUUUGAGGAACCAAUUUUGGGAGAUUAGAUUCUUCUUGUAGUUAUGAAUAUUCAUGAAUAACAUUUACUUGUUCUUUCA